AUGAGGAUUCAAAUAACCGUAUCACUUUCUGCAAGUACAAAUACACAAGCACAGAAUAUCUUUCCCCUUUAUGUACUUUUAGUUAGACCUACCAGUAAUAUUUCGCUUGAAGCGCAUUCUCCGAUAUAUCGAUUCAGUAGGGUUUGUAUGCUUACAAAUUUUAGCGAAUUUGGAAAUAAAGGCAAAACUGAAGCCACAUUCAUCAUCCCUGACGUGAAGAAUUUGUCAACCUCCCGUGCUUGCAACCUUAACAUUAUAUUUAUUAGCUGUGGGCAAGUAGGACAGAUUAUUGGUGAAGAUAGCUACUCUGGGAAUGAUGUGGAAAGAUCUUCCCUCCAAAAGCUUGAAGGGAAAUGUUCCUGGGGUAAAAUACCGACUAAUGUACUUGCAUCCUCUUUGGAGAAAUGUGUGACUUUAAGUACAGGAGAUGCUGUGGAUUUGGCUUCUACAGUUACAAUGAACCCAAGCUUCUUAGAGCCAAAAUUUCUGGAACAAGACAGUUGCUUGACAUUUUGCUCUCAUAAGGUUGAUGCUACGGGUUCAUACCAAUUACAAGUAUGCAUAUCCGCAGAAGAGGCUGGUGCAAGAGAAUUACUUUUGUCUCCUUAUUAUUGUAAUUACUCAUAUGAUAAUGUCCCACCUUCAUUAUUACCAGAAAUCAUAAGGUUGAGGGCUGGAAAUGUACUUUUUAAUUACAAGUACUACAAUAAUACAAUGCAAAAGACUGAAGUUACUGAAGAUUUUUCCUGCCCAUUUUGCUUGGUACGAUGUGGAAGCUUCAAGGGCCUGGGAUGCCACUUAAACUCAACACAUGACCUGUUCCACUAUGAGUUCUGGAUAUCUGAAGAGUGCCAGGCUGUGAAUGUUAGUCUGAAGGCUGAUGCCUGGAAAACUGAGUUUGUGGUAGAGGGAGUUGAUCCAAGGCAUCAAACAUUUUCCUACUGCUCUAGGUUUAAGAAGCGUAGAAGGUUGGAAACCACAGCUAAGAAAAUCAGGCAUGUUCACCCACAUAUUAUGGAAUCAGGAUCACAUGAAGAUGCCCAGGCAGCGUCUGAAGACGACUAUGUGCAAAGGGAGAACGGGUUUUCUGUAGCACACGCUUCAGUUGACCCUAGUCAGCCUGUACAUGGGAGCAAUCUUUCAUCACCAACAGUGCUACAGUUUGGGAAAUCGAGGAAGCUAUCUGUUGAGCGAUCUGACCCCAGAAAUCGACAACUGCUGCAAAAGCGCCAGUUCUUCCAUUCACACAGGGCACAUCCAAUGUCAUUGGAACAAGUCUUCUCAGAUCAUGAUAGUGAAGACGAGGUUGAUGAUGAUAUUGCUGACUUUGAGGAUAGAAGGAUGCUUGACGAUUUUGUUGAUGUUACAAAAGAUGAGAAGCUUAUUAUGCAUAUGUGGAAUUCAUUUGUUCGAAAACAAAGGGUGCUAGCUGAUGGUCACAUACCUUGGGCCUGCGAGGCAUUCUCCAGAUGCCAUGGAGAACAGCUUGUACAAAACCCUGCCCUUCUGUGGGGCUGGCGAUUUUUCAUGAUUAAACUCUGGAACCACAGCCUUCUUGAUGCCCGCGCCAUGAAUACUUGCAACACAAUUCUUCAAGGCUACCAAGACGGAAGUUCAGACCCCAAGUAA